UAUAAUUAUAGUCAAAGUUGCGCGUUGGCAAACGUGAGUCAAACUGUUGCAACUUUUAUGGAACGGAGGAUAGUAUAUUUUUUUUUUAAUUUUCUUUAAGUUAUUCGGUUAUCAAAUUUAGUUUGAAAUUGUUCUUUUUAAACGAUCUUUCCGUAAUAUACCUAAUAAUUAGUGCUAAAUUAUUAUUUUGUAGUGUCUACUAUGACGGGAAAAAGGAAACAAGAGUCGGGGGCUUCAAAGAGAAAAAUUAAGAAAAGAAAAGUUGAAGUAAUGCAAUCUUUUGCGGGUUCCAUGGAUAGGUAUGUAAAAUUAAAUCCUUCCCCAUCGACCUCAAACAAAAAUCUCGAGGCAAAUGAUAAAGAUGAGAAUGAAAAUAUUGGUGUUCAACUUGAGAACAAAAAUGAAAAUAAGGAUGAGGGUAGAUGUGUUGUAGAUGAUGAGGAGGCCGAUGUUGAUGUUGACAAUGAUAUUGUAGAUGUGUUGCUUGUAACUCUUGAUAUGACCGAGUUAUGUGAUCUAGGUAACUGAAAAGUACCUAUUUCACAAUAAGAAAAAGAUUUUCUAGUUGAAAUGGGCUCAAUAAGAAUUACUGGUUGAUGGAUAGUGUACCCGGGGGGUAGCUUAUCCGAGAGGUUAUUACGAGGAAUAACUAGAGAGAAGUCAGAGCAAGUAAGUAGAGAGAGUAUAUUAGAAAGUGUAUUCAGCCUUUUCAGCGUGGUUUACAACGGGGAAAUGGGGUGCUAUUUAUAGUAGUAAUAAAUGCCAGACAGGGACACGUGUCAAGCACCCAUUGGCCGAGGGGUCACCUCAACGUGUUGGCGCUGGCAACCGCAGGUGGCCGCAUUUAAUGCGGCUGUUGGAUGUGACGUCGUACUGGGUACGGUGAUCUAUACGCAUGUGGAGCGGAUAUUAUGUCGGAAAAGGUGCCCUCGGCUGUAGGUGAUUAGCCGAGGGCUCUGAGUGCCGGGGACCCCCUUAGUGUCGUGGGCUCUAGGUGCCGAGGGCUACUGAUUUUUGCCGUUUUCUCCCAGUAAUCUUGUCUUCCUGUUUUGGCCAUUCUGUGAGGUUCAGAGCCUUCGGCCAGGGGGGCGAAGGCACCCCUGGUGCGCAUUGUGGGCUGCCUGGUACCCUGGGCGCCGUGAUUUGGGCCUGUUGUGCUUCCUGGGCCUAUUGGGCCUUUAUUGGAGUAGUAGGAGUCUGUGGGCCAGGGGUUCCCGGGCCAUAUACUCCAUCACUGGUUAUCACUAAUAAAAAAUGGAGUUUUAGUGACAAACAUUAUACUCGAUGCUUGACAAAAGGUGUGUUGAGGGUAAAUCACGUAGAUCCGAAAGCCCAACACGAACUUUGGAUAUAUCAGGAAUGACCCAGAAUCAAAGCGUGUAAAGAAAUAUAAGAUCUGAACUAACUAACACUCGAAAGCUCACUUGUAUUAAUUAACCAAUCUGAUUACAAGGAAUUUCCCGAUCGGUAGGUCGGAAACUAUGCUUUAAUACAAGAAAUAAGAGCAAUGAUGCUAUUCUAGAGCCUGAGUAUUGAAAUGCUAACCCUUACAAUGACCUGAAACCUUCUAUUUAUACUAAUGGAGAGCAUGGGCUGCGCCAUGCUGAUUGGCCGUUGUUCCACCGACUUGGUCAUCCAUGCUUCCACUUGCUGAUGUCACAGUCUGGCAUUAAUUGCACCCGGCCACUUGCUGAUUGGCCGUUGCUCGAAUGGGAUAUUGGGUUGUACUGGAGAUACUGUCAAAUUGGCCCAAGUAUGAUAUAUAGUCCGAACUCCGUUCGGUAUGUCUUCUUACUGGGCCAACCUUUGUUUGGGCCGAACUCCAUUCGGUAUGUCUUCUUACUGGAUCUAUUCAUCAUAGAGUGAUGGGCCCGUUGCUUGGGCCGGAUAUCUUGGGCCUUCCCGAUCUGGGUAUUGGGCCUCUAGGUCAAUAUCCCAACAAGGUGAAAAAUACAUCCGCCCAUGGUUAGUGUAUUCAAUGUCAAAAAACAAAGUCUUUUAUUUUUGUUGUAUCUUGUUUAAGAAAGGUGGAGUAUCGAGCCCAUUGACUACCUCAGGUGAAGGGUAUAACGAUUGACACAAUAUACAUCAUAGACUUGCAGAGAAUGAGUUGAGCAAUGAUCAUAUUCGUAGCAUUGAAGCUUGGAGAGAAGCAGAAAUAAGACUGAAAAAGAAGACAACCAUUGAUGUUUUUCCGGAAAGAGUGAUUGAUAAAGAGAAGGAGUAUUGGAGAGCUGUGUUGAAAAGAAUCAUGAGUGUUAUUAAAACUCUUGCUACUUGUAAUAUUGCAUUUCAAGAUGAUAAUGAAAAGAUUGGAGAUGAGAAAAACAGAAACUUUCUCAAAAUUAUCAAUAUGAUUUCCGAGUUUGAUCCAAUAAUGGAAGAGCACCUUAGGCAUAUACGCAAGAAAGUGAUUCAGAAUCAUUAUCUUGGUCAUAGUAUUCAAAAUCAGAUGAUACAAUUAUUAGCAGGUGAAGUAAAAAAGAAGAUCCUUCAAGUUGUUAGAGAUUCAAAGUAUUUCUCCAUUAUUCUUCAUUGCACGCCGGAUGUGAGUCAUGAGGAGCAAAUGCCACUUAUAAUAAGAUGUGUCAAUGUGUCUACUAUUCCGGUAAGAAUUGAAGAGUUUUUCAUUACAUUUGUGAAGAUAGUUGAGACAACGGGAGAGGCUCUCUUUGAUGAGCUUAAAUGCUUUCUGCAAACCCAUGAACUUGAUUUUAGUAAUAUGAGAGGACAAGGUUAUGACAAUGGUUCAAACAUGAAAGGGGGCAAUAAAGGUGUGCAAGCUAGAGUGCUAAAAGAAUAUCCUAGAGCAUUUUACACGCCAUGUGGUUGUCGUUCUCUUAAUCUUUCCCUCUGUGACAUGGCAUUGAGUUGUCCACAAGCAAAAACUUUUUUUGGUGUUGUACAACGAAUUUACAAAUUACUUUCAGGUUCAACAAAAAGGUGGGAGAUUUUCAAAACAUUUCUCAAAGAUCGCGAUGGAAAAGGUCUUACUCUAAAGUCGUGGUCUGAUACGCGUUGGGAAAGUUGUAUUGCUAGCGUUAGAGCAAUCAGAUUUCAGGCACCACAAAUACAACAAGCAUUGUAGCAUUUGACAAAAACUAGUAAUGAUGCUAGCACUGUGAGUGAUGCUAAGUCCUUGCUUGAAUAUGAAAUGAACUUUGAUUUUAUUGUUAGUAUGGUAAUUUGGUAUGAGGUAUUAAACAAAGUGAACAAAAUCAGCAAAGUGUUUCAACAAAAAGAUAUGGAUGUUGGUGUGGCUUUAAAUCUUUUGAAAGGAUUGGUUGUAUUUUUCAAAGAAUAUAGAGAAGAAGGGUUUGAAAAAGCCAAAAGUGAAGCUCAAAAUAUUGUCAUUGAUUUACACGUUGAACCUCAAUUUCGUGACAUCCGUAUUCGAACCAAAAUGAAGUUUUUGAUGAGAAAGCAGUUGAUGAGCCAAUGAAGUCAGCAGAAGAUGUGUUUAGAG